ACGACCGCCGCGCUACUCGCGCUCCGCGUGUGCUUGGGCGUCCCCGGGCACACCUCCCACUUGAACGGCACCGCCCCCGCCCUCCUGCACGAGUCAUCCUCCAUUGCUGCCGCUAACUGCUAAGUCUCCAAUACUCCUGUGAGAUGGCAGGACCGGACGUUGAGCGUCCGGUUGGUGAGCCGCCGAGGCGGUCUUCCGCGGCGCAGCUUGCGGCGAACCGACCGUCACGGAAGAAGAAGGUCUCCUUCCGCCCUCGUGGUGGCCCUUCCUUGGUUCCGACAGCGCCGUUGGAUGGCGGACGUUGGGCACAUGACCACCUUCUCCCUUCGUGGAUGAGCCCCGAGGAUCUUGCGCAGCUGGAGGAGGCGGGAUACUUCCCCAAGGGGACAGUAUCCUACCCGAUGGCGAGGAGGUGAGGCUCGACCAGCGGUGGCGUCCGGGAUGCAUUGUGGCAUUCUCGCCUUGGUUGCACGCCGGCCUGUGUGUGCCUGUUCACCCCUUCUUGCUGGAGUUCCUGGAGACGUAUGGCAUCGAGUUGGCCCAGCUUCACCCGUCGACGAUCAUGAGGUUGAACGUUUUCAGGUGGCUGUGUGAGACGACGCUUCACGAGGAGCCUUCGGUGAAGCUUUUGCUCUUCUACUUUACCGUGGAGGUGAGGGAGCUGCUCACUCCGGACGGCUUUGCUCUGAGCGCUUUUGGUUCGGUGAACCUGAGUCUUCGUUCCGGCUUUGGGGACGACUUCCUGCUCAUGCCGGGGAAGAGUGCGGAGAAGUUGUUCGUGAAGUGGGAGUCUCAGUGGUUUCUUCUUCGGACUUUGAAGACCCGUCUUCGGCACACGGAUGAUCUUCCUCGGCACUCUGGGGCUGGAGGUCUCAGGGAGGUGUCUCACACCGGCAAUCCUCGAUCAGCCGACCUCUAGAAAGUGGCCAAGAUCAAGGAGGUGUCCGUCGAGAGGAGCUUUCGUGACCUCAUGGAGGAGAUGGCGGGCGGGACGCUUCAUGAUGAGGAGCCAUCCGAGGUCCGAGAUUGGGAUCCCUCGAUCUUUCCGUCCUCCACAGCUUGUCACCGCACCGACGUUUUCCAAGGAGAGGACGGCGUUGUGGGUCGCGCAGCUGAUCGGUCCGUACGGCGGACCGGAGCACCGCGACUACGAGACCAAGAUUAGCGAGGGGGGAUGCCACAACAUCAUCACGAGGUGCUUCGGGAAGAUGGUGCCGGUGCGACAGGACCCGAAGCUUGGUCGCCUUCUCCGAGUGGGCGAUCGCUACUCCCGCUUGGCUACACCAUCGAUGUUGGCGGUGGGGUCCAAGUUGCGGGACUCUUGCGGGAAGGCGAAGGCGGGAACGGCGGUGCUGGGCUUGGCGGUGCCUGUCGCGCCGGUUCCCAAGAUACCUCGUCCGUCGAGUGGAUGCAAGAGGAAGGCUCCCCCGACUCCUUCUCCUUCUCUUGACUACUCCCCGGCGGAUUCGGCGGAUCCUGUUGUGGGCGAGUUGAGGUCCCCCCUGAGGGCGACCUUGGACCUGCACAUGAAGGGGAAGAUUGGACUUGAGCAAGUUCUUCCUCCUUCAAGUCAUGAGGUUGAGGCUUUCACUCGCGAGACGGGGCUUUGGCUUCGGAGCGACUUAGUGGUGGAGUUGUUGACCGGAGCCAGCGGUGCGGGCGUCCAGGUGUUCUCCAUUGGUCGCGAGCAUCCUGAGGAGGAUGCUCCUACCUCGGGUGCGAGGGCCGCGGAGCCCGGGGUUCUUGAGGGCGAUCCCCCGACUCAAGCAAGGGAUGGAGUGCUUCCGUCGACCGCGGAUGGAGCGAGAGACCCUUUCGUGACACUGGAGCUGGUGAGGGGUUUGGUCGAGGCCAUGGGCGCCCUUCCUACCCUUAAGACUUAGGUGGGGGCGCUUUCCGCUGCUUUGGACGUGGAGAUAUCCAAGUCUACCCUUGCUUUGAGUGAGUUGGCUUCGGAGAGGGUGCGGCAUGAGGCUAGGGAGGCCGAGCUUUCUCGCGUUUCGGCGGAGCUCGCGGCCGCGGAGACCAGGGCUCGACUUGCUGAGGAGCGCCAGAGGGACGAGAUUGCGAGGACCCGUCGAGUUGAGGAGGACUUGAUGGUGGCCAACCUUGAUAGGGAGCAUGCCCACGUGGAGGCUGCUUCCCUCAAGGUGGAGUUGGCGGCAGCGGGUGAUGGGCCGAUGCUUGCUCCUCGUGCUCGUCCUCCUCCAGAUUGUCGUCCCGAGGUGGUUUCUCUUUUGCUUGCCCAGGCCACCGAGAUUCGGGAGACGAUGACUUGCUUGAGGAGUGUUCCCCAGCCGGAUCUUCCUCCGUGCCGCACGGUGGAUGAGGCGAGCAGGGUGCUUACUUCCUAGGUGGAGCUCAUUGAGCCUACCGUGAAGAAGUGCCUCCUGAGUACGGGUGCCCGACUUGUUUCAUCGGCGGUUGCGGCAGUCCUGGACGGCAGUGCCGGGAUGAGUGGGCUUGAGGGUGAGAUGUCUCACGGGGCGAAAUUUUUUUUGGCAGACCAGGGUGCUCCUCUUUGUGCUCAGGCUCGACGCUUCGUGCGUUGCCUUGAGCCCGCUCUUCAGAAGGGUGACGAUGAGGUGUGAGCCUCGUCGCCCUCGGAGGUGGUGAUGUACCUCAACUGCUUACUUAUGCGAUGUUGCAUAUCUCCCUUGACUUAGCCUCAUGGCUAGCAUGUUUAGGCUCUUAGUCAUAGAGGUUGUA